UGUCCGUGAAAAGUCGUUUAUAUUGUCAGUUCUACAAAUGCUGCCUUCAUAAGCAAGUAAGUUCAGUGCAAAUUUGCAGGUAUCGUACAUUUAUUAUCAAAAUAAGGAAAGGUUGUUAAUAUAACGUUAAUAAAAUGUAGAACAAAAUAAAUGAUCGAGUUACUGUUUGAAUGCAAAUAACCGAGUGCAAUUAGCAAAUAGAACAUUAAUUCAAGACAUCGCACCGUCUGUUCCGAACAUUAUUUGAAACUUUUAUCGCUUACGGAAUCAAUUAAGACUACUAGAACGUCAGGUUGUCAAAAGAUUGUAUUAAACUAAUUAAUUCUGCCGAAGAUUUCUACCAAAAGGUAACGAUAAAAAGGAGCGACACACAUCAGAAAAGUGGCUAUUCGCAAAAAAUUCCGACGAGGCAAGAAAGAAAAUAAAAGACGCCAGUCGAAAUCGACGACAGAUUUCGAUACUUUUAAUAAAAUAAAGCCAAUUAUUCACAAAAUGAAGAUACCGCUUCUGAUUCUCUGUCUGGCUGUAGUGUACGGUACCUGUCGGACAUAUGAUGGAGAUGACGUGAUUAAAGCAAUACAAAAUAAUGGAGAUUACAAAAACUAUGCAAAUAUGCCUUUCGAAAAAUCUCUCGCGAGAUACAAAAGAACCAUUUUAUCAUCAAUACAAAUUCCAUCCUCGAUAGGCACGCCCUUAGGCUUAUUGACACUUAACGGUGUUAGAUCUACAGAUGAAAACUUCAUGACUUUUAUAAAUGAAUUAUUAACUGGAAAAGAUGUACGGUCCACAAUAGAUAAGUUAUCUUUAGUUAACAUCCCGAAAUUGCUAAACCCGUUUGAAAUUAUCCAAACCGUAAUCAAUUUCGGAGAAAAAAUAAUCCUUAGUUGGCAAAAUAUAAAUAAAUAUUAUUUGAAUGCCUUAUUUGACAAAAUGUAUCAAGUGCUGUUGAACUUUGGUCUAAAGGUAUUUCUACCCGGAUUGCACGCAAUUCUGAAUAAACUAUUGGAAUUUAAUUCUAAAUUUGAAUUAUUACCUAAACAAAUAGAUGAUUUCAUCUACUUAUUCAAUGCUGUGUAUACAUUUUUACAAAUGAUUGGAAAAAUCUAAAAAUAAAUAAAAUUCAAUAAUAAACGAUUUGUUCAGACCGUAUAUGUGAAUAAACAACAAGUGAGAGUUUAAUGCCUAUAACGGUCGAAGCUGGAUCUUAUAUUAGAUGCUUUAAAUAAUUUCUA